CAACCUGACUGACAGAGGGGGAGGGGGAGGCUCGCUGAGCGAUAGAUUGGAUGGAGCAGAGAAAUAAAAACCUUAUGCGUGCCAGUCAGCUGAAGACAGAGUGAAAUACACAGAGAAAGAAGAAAGAGAAAACACAAAAGGGAGCAGACUCGUGUUAUAACAGAAGCGGUGUUGGGUUUAGAGGACAGACAACAGAGAGAAACACGCACGCGGAGGUUUCGAGGAGCCUCAACAAGCCGUGAUUUUUCACCUUGGCCAUACGUGAGUAACAGAAGGACUCCAGUGGAGAGAUUUCACCGGCUUUGUUUUCCCUCCCUCCCCCUCUCUGAACCCUCCUGCCUCCUCUGAAUGAUUGAAGCCAUGCCCAUCGUGUCUGCAAGCACAGGGCUGCAUGAGACUCUGGCCCUGCUCACCUCUCAGCUCCACCCUGAUGCCAACUAUAAAGAGGACCUGGUCUUCCUCAAAGAUGUCUUCAGUGAAAAAAGCCUUGGUUACCUCAUGAAGAUCCAUGACAAACUGAGGCAGUAUGAGAAACACAGCCCGACUCCAGUUCUACACAGCGCCUCCUGUCUGGCAGAGGAUCUGGCAGAAGAGCUGCAGAAUGGAGCGCUGGAGUCCGAUGAGAGAGAACUGCUUCUUCUGCUGAGCACUCCUCACCUCAAGGCGGUGCUGUCGGCCCACGACACAGUGGCCCAAAAGAACUUUGACCCGGUGCUGCCACCACUGCCGGAGGAUCUGGAUGAUGACCUGGAGGAAGAGUCGGUCAAGAUUGUACGCCUGGUGAAGAACAAGGAGCCCCUGGGAGCGACUAUCCGGAGAGACGAGGCGACAGGAGCUGUAAUCGUGGCCAGAAUCAUGAGAGGAGGAGCAGCCGACCGCAGUGGUCUGGUCCAUGUAGGAGAUGAGCUACGAGAGGUCAACGGAAACCUGGUAACACACAAAAGACCAGAUGAAAUUAGUCAGAUCCUGUCCCAGUCACAAGGCUCCAUCACACUGAAAAUCAUUCCAGCUGUUGCAGAAGAAGACAGACUGAAGGAAAGCAGGGUUUACCUUCGGGCUUUGUUUGACUACACACCCUAUGAGGACAAGGCCACGCCGUGCCAAGAGGCGGGACUUCCUUUUAAGAGAGGGGACAUUCUUCAGGUUGUUAGCCAGGAGGACGCCACCUGGUGGCAGGCCAAGAGGGUGGGCGACUGUAACCUGCGUGCUGCCCUCAUCCCCUCUACACAGUUCCAGGAGAGGCGCCUGAGAUACAGGAUGAAAAUGGGUUCUUUCCCUGCCCCUCUGUCCCCCAAAGCUCCUACAUAUGAUCGUGCUGAGAGAGAAGACUGUGACAGUGAGGGUGCUCUGAAUGGAAAGGAUAUAGUUUCUCCCAAGAGUAAGGCAGUCCCUGCCUUCUGUGGCCAUGCUUUCUCAUGGGAUUUUUACUCAGCUGGCCUGCGCAGAAGUUUCCGCCUCAGGAAAGAUCGCCAGGGUUCACCAGGAGAACCUCACACUCCCGAUGCCAAUCACACAGAGUUCCUGAUUUAUGAAGAAGUAACACAAUAUCUGCCACGCCCUGGUGAAAGGCCUCGUCUUAUAGUACUGAUUGGUUCCCUGGGAGCUCGGAUCACUGAGCUCAAACAGAAGGUGAUCGCUGAAAAUCCUCGACGUUAUGGUUUGGCUGUGCCUCACACCACUCGAGCCAGGAAGUGUCACGAGAGAGAAGGAGUGGAGUACCACUUCAUCACGAAAUCUGCUUUCGAGGCUGACAUCCAGAAUGGCAAAUUCAUUGAAUAUGGGGAGUAUAAAGAUAAUCUGUAUGGCACCAGUUUGGAGUCCAUUCACAGAAUUCUGGAUCAAAACAAGGUCUGUCUGGUGGAUGUGCAACCACAGGCACUGAAGACUCUACGUACGGCCGAGUUCAAACCGUAUAUCAUCUUUAUAAGGCCUCGCAUCUAUGAUAGUCAAAGGAAACGGCUUGGCUCCUCCUCCUCACUCAGCUUAGCGAUCACGGAGGAGGACCUACAGGAAAUGAAACAGUCAGCUGAGCAGAUGGAUGAGUGCUACGGCCAUGGGGUGGACUAUGUUUUGGUGAAGGAGGACCCAGUCAGUGCCUUAGCUGAGCUCCAGGUCGUACUGGAGAGGGUGCAGAUGGAGCCUCAGUGGGUGCCUGUGUCCUGGGUGAGGAGCUAGCCUACUUAAUGGAACUUUAUUGGUUCAAAUUGGAUCAGCUGACCUCUGUGUGUCCAGGACGGAUAAAACUGCAGGAAGCCUCCAGAGCUUCUGAGUGUUGGAGUGAUCCAGUGUUUACUGCCAUACUAACCAUUACACAAAUACAGGUUUGUGAUAGUUGGCUGAGUCAAGUCAGUAUCAUAAAAGAGCAUUUGCAAUAACUGAAAGCUGCUUUUUCCAUCAGUCUGAACACCAAGCCUUUCUGUUUUAGAUUCUUCAGUGUUAAAUGACAUACUGUAUACCUAAACUAUACAAUGGCAACAGCUGACAGGCUUGUAGGACAAAGAUCUGCACCCAGUAUGAUCAAUUAUGUGAGACGUCUACUGUAAUAGCAGCUACAAUGUGAAGUGCCAUAUCGAGCAGUUACAAACAAUAUAAAAAAUCUGCUCACGCUGGAGGCUGUACUCGUGUUACUGUUACCUGACUUUGACAAAAGCCUGAAUUAAAUAAGAGAAACGUGUUGAA